AUGAACUGUUCGGGGCAACCAGUGCGGACCCCCACGCCCAAGGGUGCUGUGGUGGCAAAUUCCAUCCGGAGAGUGUUCAUCGCCGAGGUCCCCAUCAUAGCCAUCGACUGGGUCCAGAUAGACGCCAACUCCUCCGUGCUCCACGACGAAUUCAUUGCGCACAGGCUGGGUCUCAUCCCGCUCACCAGUGAUGACAUCGUGGAUAAGAUGCAAUAUUCCAGAGACUGCACGUGUGAUGAGUUCUGUCCUGAGUGCUCUGUGGAGUUCACCCUUGACGUCCGGUGCAAUGAAGAUCAGACUCGUCACGUCACAUCCCGCGAUCUCAUCUCCAACAACCCCCGGGUCAUACCGGUGACAUCUCGGAGCAGAGACAAUGACCCCAAUGACUACGUGGAGCAGGAUGACAUCCUCAUUGUGAAGCUGCGGAAGGGCCAGGAGCUGAGACUGCGAGCCUAUGCCAAGAAGGGCUUCGGCAAGGAGCACGCCAAGUGGAACCCCACGGCAGGCGUAGCCUUCGAGUACGACCCAGACAACGCCCUACGGCACACCGUUUACCCCAAACCGGAGGAGUGGCCCAAGAGCGAGUACUCGGAGAUCGAUGAGGAGGAUGCGCAGGCUCCCUAUGACCCCAACGGGAAGCCAGAGAGGUUUUAUUACAACGUGGAGUCCUGCGGUUCUCUGCGCCCAGAGACCAUCGUUCUCUCCGCGCUGUCCGGCCUGAAGAAGAAACUGAGCGACCUCCAGACGCAGCUGAGCCACGAGAUUCAGAGCGAUGUCCUCACUAUAAACUGAGGUGCCCCCUCGCGAGAGAGCGCUCUGCCGUGAGGGACGCAGCAGGUUCCUGCUCUGCCCGGCAGCGCCCUGGCCAGAGGCUGUUGCCUCCCCGUCUCCCUCUGCCUUUCCCAUCCCAGCGCUGCCGGUCGGUGGCACCUCUUCCCUGGCUCCGCGUCCCAGGGAAAGCCAUCGUGAUGUGUAGGGUAGUGCAGGAAG